UGUUGCUGCUCCGAAGCAUCUGGAACUAGAGUUCGAACGCCUGGCCUCAGCAAAAUUCUUUGGACAUAACCCAGACUGGAUAGCUAUUUUAAUCAUCCGUCGUUUUGUGGGUCUUUUCUUGCUCUUCACUGACAUCAAAGAGGACAAAAACAACUUAUACGAAGCAGGAGACGUUGUAUGGUACGUGGGUUGUAAGGUACUGUUACGAGUGUUGUUCGGAGCCAGUUGGCCACGGUUCUGCGCGUUUGCGGCUUGUAUUAUGGCGCUCAGAGCGAAAGCUUUGUACGAUUUCACUGCCGAAAACCCUGGAGAGAUAUCAGUGAGAGAAAACGAACUUUUAACUUUGUACAGCGAAGAAGUUGUCGAGGGAUGGUUAGAGGGAACCAAUACCAACGGGGAGACCGGACUCUUCCCAGCCUCAUACGUGGAAAUUCUGAACAGUCAUCUCGACGCAAAUAUUUCUCAGAACAACAACGGCACAUCUGGAGAUGGGUAUUAUGGAAACCAUUCCACAAGUAGCCACGAAAGUCACCCAGUACAUGCCCAGAAAACCUCCACCCCCACUCAGUCGGCGUAUGCUGCUCAGGCACAUCAAAGGCUCAGUUAUCAGACAAGUCAAGGGAGCGACGACGAUUGGGAUGAUGACUGGGAUGACUGUUCGUCGUCAGUGGCAGACGAGCGAUCCGUUAAUAGCCAAAGUAAAGAUGGACAGUCUGCAUAUUCAUUAAACACCUCACCACGGUCACACCAGCAGAAAGGCUCUGCAACUGUGGGCAGAAAUCUUAACAGAUUUUCAACUUUUGUCAAAUCUGGUGGAGAGGCUUUUUUACUGGGUGAGGCAUCUGGAUUUGUCAAGGAUGGUGAUAAGAUUUUUGUUGUCAUGGGGGAAUGUGGCCCAGAGUGGCAGGAGAACCCUUAUCCCUUUGGGUGCUCAGUGGACGAACCAACCAAGCAGACCAAGUUCAAAGGCAUGAAGAGUUACAUGUCUUAUAAGAUCACACCCAGCCAUACACAAAGCCAGGUGCAGAGGAGGUACAAGCACUUCGACUGGCUGUACGCCAGACUGGUGGAAAAGUUCCCCGUCAUCUCAGUGCCUCACCUGCCGGAGAAGCAGGCCACAGGCCGCUUCGAGGAGGACUUCAUCUCCAAGCGGCGGAAGGGACUAAUAUGGUGGAUGAACCACAUGACGAGCCACCCGGUGCUGUCCAGGUGCGAUGUCUUCCAGCACUUCCUCACCUGCAGCAGCAACGACGAGAAGGAGUGGAAGCAAGGCAAGCGGAAAGCGGAGAAGGACGACAUGGUGGGCGCCAACUUCUUCCUGACCAUCAGCCCGCCCGCCGUGCCCCUCGACCUGCAGGAGGUGGAGAGCAAGGUCGAGGUCUUCAAGACCUUCACCAAGAAGAUGGACGAGAACAUCAUCCAGGUGAACGUCACCAUCAACGAGUUCGCCCGCAAGCAGAUCACCGGCUUCAAGAAGGAGUACCAGCGGGUGGGCCAGUCCUUCCGGCUGCUCAGCCAGGCCUUCGAGCUGGACCAGCAGCCGUACUCGGUGCCCCUCAACCAGGCCAUCGCCUUCACCGGGGACGCCUACGAGGCCAUCGGGGACUACUUUGCGGAGCAGCCGCGCCAGGACAUUGACCCCAUCUCGGACCUGUUGGCCAUUUACCAAGGACACCUCACCAACUUCCCUGACAUCAUCCAUGUGCAGAAAGGAGCUCUGACCAAGGUGAAGGAAUGUCAGCAUGGUGCGGCGGAUGGGGGCGUGACCGACCGCUGCAACAUCAUCUCCUGCGCCACCAUGGCCGAGAUCCAGCACUUCCACCGCACGCGCGUGCGCGACUUCAAGGCCCAGAUGCAGCACUACCUGCAGCAGCAGAUCAGCUUCUACCAGAGGAUCACCGGCAAGCUAGAAGAGGCCCUGCACAUGUACGACCAGGCAUAAAGAAGUCGCCGGAAACACACCCUGCGCAUGUACGACCAGGCUUAAAGAGACACCCUGCGCAUGUACGACCAGGCUUAUACGUGUGGCGUUACUAGAAACACACCCUUCGCAUAUACGACCAGGCUUAAACAAGUCUCCGGAAACAUAACAUACACACCUACUCCUACUACCACACUGACCCCAGCAGACCAGCCUCUUACUGUGUAUCACUGGCAAGCUGGAGGAGGCCCUGAACAUGUACACCCAGGCCUAAACGUGUCACCAGAGACAGACACGCUGCACAUGUACGUCAUGUUACAGGCCUAGACGUAGCCACUGCUUCACUUGCCUGGUCACUGGAGCAAAAACACCAGCACCACCCCGAUGCUACCUUCAUGUACAGCCAGGCCUAGACGUGUCACCAUAAACAUACCACCGCCACCCCAUGCUUGGCCUUCUUGCACAUGGUCAACCGAGCUUAGAUGUGUCAUCCAGAAGCACGCCGUCACUCGUCACCCUCCCUGUGUGGACCUGUGCAUGUGCGACAAGGUCUAGACACACCAUGCUGUUACUCAGGUGCUCUCCCUAUGGCCUUGCCCAUGUCGGAUCAGGCGAACAGAUGUCACCAAACCCUAAGAUGAAAAAAGCCUGUAUUUUUCUGCUCCCACUUUUUUCAUUUUUCUAUUUUUGUUUUUCAUUAUGUUUUGGAUGAAAACCCUUCUUCAGGAGUCUUGACGUCGUUGAAGCAGACUUGUACCAAAAACAUACGGUACAUACAAUCACACACACCCUCCUCUUGGAUCUGCAUGUGUCCAACCAGUCCUAUGCCUCCCCUGGAUCCCACGUCUACCACACUGCCCCCCAGCCCAUGUACAUGUAUGACCAGGCCCAUGUUACCCCACCCCUUUGGUGGGUCUCACCUAAUCAGGACACACACACUUGGCACUGGAGAUGGCAGAGUGUUCUGGUUGUUAUGGCCAAUGAUGGGCAAAAUGGAUUCAUUAGUUAUAACCCAGUGCCACAUACUCCAAAAGACUUGGUUUUACCUGUCCAAUUCAGCCAGGUGAUUGGCUGGUUGAAUGAUCACUUGGUUGAAUUGGUCAUUUGGAAUAUGUGGCGCUAGAUUGUAGCUAAUGAGUCCAUUUUGCCCAUCACUGGUUGUGACGCUAGAUUGAAACUAAUGAAUCAAUUUGGUGGGUGCCAAAUGCUAGUGCUAUAUGCAAGUGUCUGGUAGACACAAAAUCAUAACUUACUAUCGUAUCGAGUGGCUGGUAGAUUGUUUUUAAGAAUUUACUUUUCAGUGGCUGGCUGGCAAAGGUUCACGUUUUGGAUUAGCUAUCUUUCAGCACUGUUUUUUCCUGUGUGCACAUUGACAAAGACCAACAUCGGAAAGAGCUUGGUGUCAUUCUGCUCCAGUGAAGGGCAGAGCAGAGUUAAGUGCAAUAUGGCGACACAAACACACACACACUCAUCCAUCUGGCCUGACAGGAUGGCUAUUGACUGAUGGGAUAUUGACCGGUGGAAUAUGUGGUCGAAUAUGUUUGGGCCUUACAUAUGAGUGGCUCAGUCUACCAAGAGCAUUUUUAAUGACGGGCCUGACAUGUUGGAUAUUCUCUCACAUUUAUAUAUAUAGAUCCUUUUUAUUUUUUCUUCACUAAUGUUGCAAUUUUACAAGUUAACCAUUCCAUUUUAACUCAGAGAGAGAGACAUUUGAUACAAGUCCUAGACGAUUGAUUUGAAUUUUGAAAACAAAAGACAUCACUGGGUAUCAUCAUUUGAAAGGGCGUUGCUGGUGCUCAUUUGUCCUCCCUUCCUUCUUACAGUAGAAGACAUCAGCCUUUUCACUGUUUUAAAUGUGCUUUUGUUUUGACCAAGACAUUUGCCAGGUGCACAGAACUUUUACAAUAUACCCUUUUGUAUUACUAUUUGUGCCUUUUAAAUUGAUUCAUUUGAAUUUUUUUUGUUCUCUGGACAGGCUAUGUAGUAGUAUGCAAUCGAGACUGUACGAAUUGAAUUUUGUGUCUUAUGGGAACACAGAAUAUUGGGCACGCAUUCCACAGCUGGUAAUCAGUUGGGCACACUGCUGUUCUGCUGUUAGUCUUCAGGCCCCGAAGGCCGAACACCCUCACCCACUCACACACAGACACAAACACAACAAAUACACACGCACAAAUAAAUACACAAACACACACACGCGUUUGCUGCACACACACAAAUAUGUGCACACAGAAUACAGUAGUAGUAAUAGACAGUCAGAACAAGGGGGAUAUUUCUUCUGUGUGCGCAGCAGGAUAUACUACAGUGGUGGAAGUGUGAUUGGAUGCACCGGUACUCCUCCUAACGCUAUCUUGUCUGACAACUGUUGGAAGACACAACAUACAGCAACAGGACGUCAUAGGAAUUUUCACCCAGGCUGGUCCAGGCUGUGCAACACUGUAGCUGAUAGAAACUGAACCUUGCCUCUGGAGAUAACAGCGCUUCUCACCGCAACCAAAAAGGACAUUGUACUCGGAAGCAGGGUCGCCGACAGCUUUGGCCGUGCCUGGGACAAAGUCAUCUAAAAGGCCCCCCAAGCAAUGUACAAUAUACGGACCUAGAUCUGGGCCGCCACUCUCCCUGGGCCCGAGAUAACUGACCCCUUUGUCUUCCCCCCUGUCAGAUUCUCUGCCCGGUAGGCAUGGACGGAAGGAACACCCUACUGAAGAGGUUACUUAACACCUCCUUCCAUUAUUUAGUCCCGAUUCCCCUGGCCCAGGCCUUGUUCCCUAGUCCAAUAUUAAAGGUGCAUGUAUCUCAUACCAAGCCUUUCUAACUUUUUUUACGGUUGUUUUUGCAAUCACUUCUAUUCCCCUUCUGGGAAAUACUAUGUCAUAACUUGCUGAGGAUUUUUUUUUUUUUUAUGUUGGCAUCCGUGUGAAUGCAAGUCUUUAGUUCAGUUCGAACAACAUGCGAAAUUGCAUAAUGA